GUUUUUCUCCACCAAUCACAGAUGCCGAGAGGCGGAGACCACUGGUUGUUACCACAAAGAUGCUGAUUCGCUUUAUUUGGUUCCCCGUAUUUGUCCACUGAGUCAACGGAAGACUUUCACUGGGGAUCAGAGGAUUGUGUUGGGAAUUAAAAGAACCGUUAGCGCGUAUUAGAUCUUAUCAGCAAUGGUUGCAUCCAGCUUUUGAAGAAGGUUUCUAAAGGAUGCAUACCACACGCAGCCCCUCAUCCAUCCCUACAGGUGUCUCGGGAGAGGCCUUGGACCUCAGCUUGUCAGGCUCUCAGCUCCCUAUGUCCAAAAGACCCAGCAGUGCAUCACCUGGGAAGUACUUCUCUCGUUCUGUGUCUGUUUCUGUGGCAGGUGACAGCAGAGGAAAACGCAACACCCUGAGCGAUGCCAGCUUUGGUAGCUCCCACUCCAUCAAGAACCUGAGGCGGUCCAACAGCACCACUCAGGUUAAUCAGCAAGCCAACAUCGGUUUAAGUCAGGACCAGUCUGAGGACUACCUGGCCCUGUUUGACAACAGCUCAGAUGGACGCAAGAAACUGGCCAGCCUCAGCAAGGCCUCACCAGACAGAACCACAUGGAACAUCCUGGACGAUCAGCCCCAAGCGCUCCCCCUGCACUCGAGCUCCCGCAGCACUGGCAGCAUGGACUCUCCCACCAGCCUGAAGAAAAGAGAGCCUGGCGUUGCUCUGGCUGCAACCUUCACUGCCAACAACAGGAGCAACAAGGGAGCUGUGGGGAACUCUGUCACCACCAUCUUACACAACAACUACUCUGAGAAACCACUCACUCCUAAGAGCUCCAACCAGAAGCCUCCCUUUAAUAACAUCCUAAAGGCCACAGCGAAUGACGAGGUGUCAGUGGAGAGUGGCUCCCUCACUAAGUCCCAGAAGAACUUCUCUUCAGCUUCCUCCACCUGCAACAACAAAUCUCCGGCGUCAGCCCAGCGCGGCAGCCCUCUCCUGCCUCGAAAGAGGGAGGUCACUGAGGAGGAGGCAGAACGGUUUAUUCAGCAGGUGAACCAGGCAGCAGUCACCAUCCAGUGCUGGUACCGACGCCAUUCCAAGAGACUACACACAAGCAAGGCAGCACUCAGACGUCUUCUUGCCAGUAAAAGAAAGGAGUGGGAGGAGAGAACAGAGGAGGAGAGUGGCCAGCUGAGGAAGGAUGAAGACAGGAAACAGAUUCGUGAAGAGAAAGCUCGUCUAGCCCGCCUCGCUGCCAUCCAGGAGCUGCAGCAGAAAAGAGCCCAGCAGGCAGCAGAGGUGCAGCACAGAGCCGAGGUGGAAAGCCUGAGGACGACUGGUGUGGCUGGACGCAAGAAACCGCUCAAGAUUUCCCUGAGCAACAUAAAUUCAGCCUCACCAAGCAACAACAGCCCAAUGUCACCCACAGACGUCAAAGCUAAGAACACAGAAUUCAAUUUGAAUGUUGUGGCCGACGGAGGUGAGCUGAGCGUCAGAGCCACUUCCCCAGCUUUGUCCAAUCAUAGAAGCUCUCAGUGUUCCCAGGAGCAAGAGGACAGGGCAGAGGAAGAUAUUUCCCUGAAGCAGAAGCAUCAAGAGAAUGACAGGAAGCUGAUCCGUAGAGAGAAAGCUCGUCUGGCUCACCGGGCUGCCACCCAGGAGCUGCAGGAGAAGAGGACCCAGCAUGUUGCAGAGGUGCAGCACGGAGCCGAGGUGGAGAGUCUGAGGCAGACUGGUGUGCGCGGACGGAAGAAGACGCCCAAGAUUUCCUCAAGCAACAACAGUCCAGUCUCACAGAGCAACAACAGCUCCAUGUCACCCACAGACGUCAAGGCUAAGAACACAGACUCCAGUUUGAAUGUUGUGGCUGAGUUAGGUGACCCUGGCUUCAGGGUUGUUUCACCAGCUUUGUCCAAUCGCAGAGGUUCCCAGUGUUCUCAGGAGAUCCUGCAGAGGUCGGUGAGUGUGGAGGACCAGCAUCAGGGAGCAUCGUCCAGCAGGGCUCAGUCUAAAACCACUCUCAACGAGCUGCUGGACACCCUGAAGCUGUUAGAGGGGGAGUCGGAGAGGCUGUCGGAGCCAAAGUCCUACCGCAAAGAGAAAUAUGCCUGGAUAGAUGAAGACAGAGACUCCAACUCUCUGACCACUGACAACCUUGAGCGUCACGGUCAACUGAGUCACCACCCUGCACUGCCAGACGGGGGCGCCCUGCUCUCUGAGGCCAAGCUACAGAGCAUCAUGAGCUUCCUGGAUGAGAUGGAGAAGUCGGAACAGGAGAGACCUCGCUCGGUCACCUUGGGAUCACACAGAGAGGCUGUGUUGUCGGAGGAGGAGCUGGCUGGUGUUGAGCAGGCAUCGGCCACUGCCACCGAACUCACGGGUUCCAUGAUGAGGUCCAAGCUAGAGCUGGAGGAGAAGAAACGCACCAUCAACAUGCUGCAGACGGCACUGGCCCAACAGAGGGAGCUGAUGAUUAAACACAUGAAGGAGACUGAGAAAGAACUAAACCGCAACUUGCAGCUCCAGAAGGAAAAGUAUGAAGACACCAUCCAAAGACACCUCACUUUCAUCGAUCAGCUGAUCAAUGAUAAAAAGGCUCUGAGUGAGCGCUGUGAAGGAGUGGUGGGAGAGCUGAAGCAGGUCGACCAGAAGUACACCAAGAAGAUUGCACAAAUGCAGGAGCAGCAUGAAAUGGUGUGGCAAAUUCUGGGUCCCUUGUGUGAGGAGAUCAAGAAGUUAAAAGACCUAAUGAGUGCCUCAGAGAAGAUCCGCCGGGAGAAAUGGAUUGACGAGAAAACCAAGAAGAUCAAAGAGAUCACUGUCAAAGGUCUGGAGCCAGAGAUACAGAAGCUGAUCUCCAAGCACAAACAGGAGCUGAAGAAGUUGCAGACGCUUCACGAGGCCGAGCUGCUGCAGGCGGAUGCCCGGGCAGCCCAGCGCUACGUCCGCCACUGCGAGGAGCUCCGCCAACAGCUGGAGAAUGAGAAGGAAGAGCUGUGUCAGAGAGAGAGGGAGCUAGCCAAAGAGAGAUAUGAGAAGCAGCUUCAGGAGGAGGAGCUGUCCCUGCAGCAGCAGAGGAGGCGUCUCUACAAAGAGGUGGCUGAUGAGAAAGAGAGGCUGGCCCAGCUGGCUGCAAGGCAGCGAGCUGAGCUGGAGGAUCUGCGCCGACAGCUGGAGGAGAACAGCUCUGUGGCUGGACGAGCCCUCAGAGAGGAGCUGGACAAGACCAGAGAGGAACAGGAGAGGAGGCACCAGGUGGAGAUGAAGGCAUUACAAGAACGUGUGGACAUUGAAAAGCAGACCUGGGAAGAAAACUACAAGAAAAAAGAGGAGGUGUGGCUGCUGAGCCGCGAGCGUGAGCUCAAAGAAGAGCUGCGACGAGAGCGGGACAAAGAGGUCGAACUCGCCAUCUGGACACUGGAGGAGGAGACGAGCAAGGACAAAGAGGAGUGUGAGAGGGCAGCUGACAACAGGGUGACGCGUGUGAGGGAAAAGUAUGUGGCUGAGCUGAGGGAGCUGGAGCGCUCUGAGAGGGCAGCCGUGGAGAAACAGCAAGAGCUGAGGAAGCAGCAGAUGGAGACAGAGGGAGAGUUGAUCAGACUACAGGCCACGCUCCGACAGAAGGAGCAGGAGCUUGAUGACGUUAAUCAGGCCAGAGACAAGCUGGUGGACGAGCGCCGCAGCCUGGCGGAGGUGAUAAGACAGGAGUUUGCUGACCGGCUGGUGGUGACGGAGGAGGAGAACCGGAGGAUGAAAGUGGAGGUGUCAGAAGUCAGGGCGAGGCUACGGCUGGAGGUGGAAAGGGUCACCAGGGAGAAGGAAGAAGAGCUGGCUGAAGUCCAUCAGCGAGUGAAAGCAGCCAUCUUGAAGAAGGAAGAAACUGUCAAUAAUCUUCGGAAGCAGCACGAGGCUGCUCUGAAGAGGGCGGACCAUCUGGAGGCUCUGUGGGAACAGCAGAGGAAGCAGCUGCUGGAAAAGUGACUGAGAGGAAGGCCUGCUCUUAUCUGUCCGCACCACUCCCUUCUGCUUGGAGCUCUAACUGUUGCAUCACUCCGGCCCACCUGAUCUUUUGUCUGUGGAUGUUGUUCCUGCCAGCAAGACUGAACCUGUGGAAUUUCACAAGGUUGAACAAGUGACUGAACCUCGUCCUACCUCAUUUGAAAAAUACUGUACAUAAUGGGGAAAAUGCUGCACUUCAUUCACUCACCACUGCAGGCAUGAAGGAGCAUGUUGAGUUGGAACUCCCCUAAUUUAAAUGCUACAGACCUGGUGGCACCAGAUCAGAGAGUGCAAAUGGACUUGCCAUUCUUCUUCUUCUUUUCCUACAGGAGGACUGUUGCAAUUUCUCUCUUACUGUACCCCUUCCUCCCUCCUGCUGCAGGCUGCGGGAGCAGUUCCGCACAAAGCUGCAACAGAGAACAGUUCCAGAUGUUUCUGAAACCAGCACAGGCCUGUGCUGGUGUAGACUGGGAGAGGGUGGGGGUCACUCUUUCAGGAGGGCUCAGAUCAGCAUCGCAGUCGCAGUAAAACAAGUCAAGCUCGCAAUGCCCUCUUUUAUGGGUGGUGUCCUGUGUUUUGUCCCAGUGCCCCCUCCAGGCGAGCGUUAAUUACAGGAUCUACAACCUCUCUCUCUCUGUGUAGCCCCGUGACCAGCUCAGAACAGUCUGUUUUAUGAGUCUUAAACCAGCAUUUGGAUCUAACAAAGAGGUUAGAAGUAAAGUACUAACUGUGGUUACAGACUAAAAGUAGAGUGCAUGUAGAAUCUUGCUAAAAGGAGCAGUAGGCCAUGAAGGGAGUGUAAAUGAAAAAGAAUGAUGACAUGUUUGAGGUUAAAGACGUAAUUGCAGAGUGGCUGUGGGAGGUUCUGAAUGUAAGCAGUAAAGGAGGGGAGGGGGGAGAGGAGGGGAGAAGGAAUUCGCAUAGAAAAUGUUUGUAGGAUUAGGAAAGCAGAGCUGGGACAGAGUGGGGGGGGCUCAGAGGGGGCAUCAGGCAUGUGACCAGGGGUAUUUUAAAAGCCAUAUAGGUUUCGCCCGACCUGAUUCAGAGGCUGCACUGUGACAAUACACAUCGCACUCAGCAGGAGGUGGAGGCCUGGAGUCACACAUGAGGCCAAUCUGUUCUGUCAUUCUUUCUGUGCACUCCCAACUCUGUGUUGUUAUUUUUGCCAGUUUCUCCACCCUUACAAUGAAUGAAGAAACUCUGCCGCCCCUCUCAGAGACACAGAACGUCUUUGUGGAUAAGAUUUCAGUAGGAACAGUCCAUAGCUUGAGUCAGUGGGGGGUGGGGUGGGGGCUGUAACAAGAGUUUGUGCUGCAGAGAGAUACUCUGAUGUGACUCUGAAAGUCUCAAAAAUGUGUAUCAAAAUAUAUUUAUUCUGUUUUAUUUAUUCUCCAGUUUAGCAUCGAACAUAACUUUGUAUUGUUGUUGUUUGAAGUAAUUCUGUUUCUUUCCUUUUGAGAACAUGAGCUAGUUACUAGACCUGAUGCCAUCCUGAGACUUUAAAACUGUGCCAUUUGUAUGUUGGGUUUUUCUAACAUGAACGUUGUCCAUGCCUCAAAGUGAAGGGUGUAGUGCAGUGGUAGAGCCGGUGUUAACCUACUGCAGCUUUAUGGGUAACUCAUUUUGAGACUGAACCACUGAAGCAGUCAUUGUCACAUCAGUCACCUUGUUAACCAGAAAACCAAAUUUAACCUUCUUUAUAGGGCAGAGGUAACAGGAACAGGACUGGUUGAUAUAUGUCACACGCCUCUGUGAGUUUCACUGUGAGUCAUGAGGACUCUGGUGUGGAGGCCUGGUGGCCCUGAAGCACCACAGUCUGCUCACAGCCUCUCGCUGCUCAGCUGGUGUUGGCGCAGCAGACGGAGCCGAGAGGGUGGCGAUGUGAGCUGGGGCUCCACGCGCACGCCUGUCCGACAAGUACCAGUAAGCCUUGUCUGUGUGUAUGUGUGUGUUUGUGUGCGCGCCACUGUGCCUCCCAUUUUGACCUGAGCUGACCCUCAUUGUGUCAGAUGCACACACAGCUACUUUUGUUGUGUGUUUCUUUUCUUACUAUUCGUAACUUUGUAUACAAAAUACAAAGCAGUCCUGCUGUCAUCGGCUGCUGGUUUGUUUGUUUCCAUACCAAUAUGUAAGA